AAGCACUGUAACGAACUUUUAAACUUCAUGAACAAUUAGUUUUGUGUCCGAGAGGUGGCGCAAUAAAAUUUCCAAUGAAUUUUUUCAAUAGAUCCUUUUUUUUAAGAUUAAAAUCAAAUGGAGAUGUGUUGGUAACCUGUAGUUAUAAAAUAAUGUGGGCAAUUAAGGCAUCAUCCGGUAAAUAAGCAUGUUUUCAAAACCUAACCUAAAACUUUAUCGAAUCAGAAGGUGUUAAGUGGGCAAGGAACAAAAAUAAUAAUAUAUGGGUAUACCUAAUCCGUGCAAAAGCAAAAUAAUAUAGGGCUGAGGCUUAUGAUUGAAGAAAAUCUUCAAGAAUGUCUUCAUCCAUAGUUCAGUACGUAAUAGUACGUUCUGACCUUCUGAAAGAGCUACAGUGGCCUGUAGGGGCUCUUAUAGCUCAAGCUUGUCAUGCAGUUACGGCGGCUACACAUCUUUUUUACCAGGAUGAACAUACUCAGACAUAUUUGAAAGAUUUAGACAAUAUGCACAAAGUUGUACUAGAAGCUCCUGACGAGAAAAGCCUGGUGGCAUUAGGUCAAAAGCUCGAAGAAAAUGAUGUCAAGCAUAAGUUGUGGAUUGAACAGCCCGAGAACAUUCCUACGUGUCUGGUCGUUAAGCCGUAUCCCAAAGAAGAAGUUCAGAAGUAUUUUAAGAAAUUCGAAUUGUUCAAAACAUAGUGAUAUUUUCAUUUUAUUGAAUUUAUUUUUUCUAUGUUCUUUACCUCUCCCAAGAUAUCCUUUAAAUUGUUUAAGGUAUUCGCCUAAUAAACUUGUGAGCUUACUUUCAAGAGACUAAAGAUCCCUCUUAAAUAGAAACAAAUAAAAAUCUUGUGGGUUUU